GAGCUGCAACAAGUAUUAGGAUUCUUAAAAUUAUUCCAUAGACAUAGUCGUAAAAUCCCUAAAAUGCAAAUGAUGUAAACCUACAAAAAUAAUUUUAUCUGUAAAUUAAAGACUUUGAGGUAUGUUUAUUACGUAAAUUCAGUGAAAAAUGAGAUAAUGGGUUAUAUCUUAGUUUACGAUUACUAAUUGUAAGCAAACUAAGAGGUUAGACUGAAUUAUGAAUUCAAAACUGUUAUUUUCAGAAAGUUGCUUCAUAAGAUAUGGCAGAUGAUGAAUCAAAACUGAAAGAUAACGUUAAAAAUACUAAAAUGGGUGCCUCAGGAAAUCCAAAUGCAGCAAGGCUUGCUGCUUUACAAGAAAGGAAACAAGUGCUUGAAGAAACAUUAGCUAAAAAAAAUCUAGAGCUAAGGGAGUUGUGUAUUAAAGAAGCUGAAUUGACAGGUAUAAUACCUUCAGAAAUACCUUUAGAACCUGGUGAAUCUCCUCCAACUCUCAGGAGGCGUGUUGGUACAUCCUUUCAAUUAUCUCAAAAUUUAGUUAACAACUUAAACACUGAAGAUGAUUCUAUUGCUUCAGUUGAAGUAAGUAUGCAAGUGCAAGCUAAUAUGGCUGAAGCAGCCUUAAGCUUAGCAAAUGAAUCUAAUAUCAAUAAGACAAUUCGGCGACAACAUAUGCAGCAGUAUCAGUUACACAGACAACAGUAUCAUUUGCUAGAAGAAAAAUUGGCUAUUUUGAAAAAUAAUAAUCAAGCAGAGCAGGCAACUCAGUUAGGUUGUAAUUUUCAAGUAUCAGGACAACAGCCAAAACAAAAGAAAAAACUAAGAGAAGAACAAGAUGAGACAAUGUCAGUUAAUAUUAAUUUUCGACAAGACCCUUUUGGAAAACCAGUUUUUCGUCACAGUAUGAGGUCACUGCAGUAUCCCCCUAAUGAACCCCUCCCUGAACAAAAGACUUUAAGUAGCAGUCAUCAAAAGCUUGUCUAUAGAAGUUUAGAUUGUGAUUCAAACCCCACAAUUUAUAGACCAGAAGAUGCUUUGCUUCCAAGUAUUUAUAAACUUAGUAUAAAUGGUUACAAAAAUUAUAUUGAAAGGAAAGAGGGAGUUAAUGUGAGUCAGUAUUCUGCACCACCUUAUGUUCAUUCUCAACCAAAUUUAAAUUUACAACAUCAAAAGCAUUAUAAGCCUGUACAAUACAUUCCCACCACAAAUAGUACUUUGCCUCAUAAUCUCCAAAAACAUAUGCUUAGUGUCCAAAAUUCAUAUCCAAAUAUUUCUACUCAACAUUAUAUUCAAAGCAAUCACACCUCUAGUCAACCGUAUGAGCAGCAUAAAAAGUAUUACACAAUUGGUAUACAUGGUACAAAUUCUUAUCCCAACUCAUUAAAUAGACAGUCAGCUAGUCCCAACUAUAGCAAUAACUCACUUCAUAAAACACAAUUUUAUGGUUCUCAUAUAUUACAUAAUCAGCAUAUGGGCAAUUCGGAACAGAGUCACCGUACUAUUAACCCACAUCAAAUACAACCUCAUCAACAGUAUGAAAAUGCAGUUAUGAAUUCGGGUCUUGGGGGUUAUUGGAAACAAACUGAGACAGGAGAAAUGAUUUGGUGCAACACAGUUGUUAGUGAUAAUUGGAAACAAGAAAAAAGAUUUGGUAGUUUAGACCGAAGGAGAAAUAAAAGGUCACAUCAUAAAAGAACAUCUCCCUCAGUUGACCCCAAAUCUGCAACAAUAUCAAGUUGCCAUGAAAACGUACGGUCGAAAGUUGGUAAAACUCAGCAUGGAUUGAAUAAAAACCAUGAUAAACAGUUAGUUCGGACUUUGUCUUUAGGAAGUGUUGGCGCUCAGAAUAUAGAUAACGUAUGGUCUAGUAAUGAUAACCUUUCAACUGGUGGCGAAGUACAACCAGUAAUGGAAUCUGUUGCAGAAGGAAGGAAAUCAAAGCAGAAAGAAUGGUUUGAGACAUCUUUAGAUGGCCCAGUACAACCUACAUCUACUUCUAGACCUCAGUCUUCAAUGUCUUCAGUACUACAGUUCCCAGUUACAAAAUCAAUAUCUCCUGAAGAAAAAUAUUCAGAAAUUUUAAUGCGUCCCCUACCUUCUCCCGAUCUUUCGAAACCCCCUUUAGAAAUCCCCGCCGAAUCAAAACCGAAUCCGUCCCCGAUUGUGCAGGAACCAAAAAUAGAGUUUUUUAACAACAUUCCCCGAAAUUGUACUCUUAUUCAGCCAGGGGGUUGUAAACCAUACCAUGAAGAAACAAAACCAUUUGAAAUGUCAGACUUUUACAAAUAUUCAACUAAAUUCAAAAGGUCGCCCUCAAAACAACCUCCUGGCAGGCAGAAUGAUGACAUACAAAAUCAACAAGUGAAUGCUGAAACUGCUAGUGUUAUUCUGAAAGGCGUUUAUCAACCCUUGCAGCCUAUGAAGUGUCAACCACUCAGUGCAAACGAAAACUUUGACACAAAUAGUAUAACAAGUCUAGAAAAUACAGGAACAGGAUUAAAUAUGGAUAUUAAUCGCGCGUCUCCUAAUGCAGACAUAAGUUUUGCUGUUCCAAAAAAAAACGUAUGGUAUAAAAAUCAAGAACAUAUGGAAAACGUAAGGACAGAGCCGUCUCCAGGCAGAUCUACAGCGACUCUUGUGUGACGUAUUUAUGUUCUAACCCAAUAUAUGUAGCUCGAUCUCGGCUUUUAGCCCGUUUGUUAAACAAUAAUGUACAGGCGGUGAUAUUUUGCAGUGCCUUUAAAGAAACAAUGACUUUGACGUCUUAUUUUUUGGAAAAAAUAAUUAGUUUUUUACGUGACUGAUGAAGUUAAAUAUUAAUAUAGAGAUUUAUAUUGCAAUUUGAGUACCUGUA